AGAGGAGUCCGAGGAAGAAGAAGAAGGGUUUGUGGAUGGAGAUUCCAUCAAGCAGCAAGUAGAAGAAGCCAUUGGUUCAAUGGAGAGACGGCACAAAUCAACCUCACGUCGUCGGAGGAAACACAAAACUCAAAGUGAAGAUGAUGAUUUAGGUAACAAGGAAACUAAAGGGAAUGAUAACUGGAAUGCUUUCCAAAACCUUCUUCUGAAAGACAAAGAUUCAGAUCAAGAAGAGUCACUACGAACAUCUUUACCUCCGUUGGACAUGGAGUCAGAAGUUGUGAGGAAGAGAGAGGCGCCUGUGGAUGAUUCUUUCUUGUUUGCAAAUGUGAAUGAGGAUUGGGGACGAGAAAGCGGUAGCAAGAAACUCGACGCAGGUGAGAAUGUUCGGCUGAUAAGGAGAGAGAGCAACUACGAUGAGGAGAUGUUGAAUCCAGGUAGAAGCGAUGAGUCAAGAAGCUAUUCGCAGGCAGAGAUGUCGAUUUCCGAUGGGAAGCUCAGAGCCAGAGAUGAUGCAGAGGAAGGUUGGUUCAUACGUAACCAAGCAGGUCAAGAAACUGAUCCGAGUCUUGUCAAGUCAUUUGUAGGAGACCAUUUUCAUUUGAGCAAGAGCAGCGAGAGAGAUGUCCUGACGGAUGACUCGUUCAUGAUCCAUUCUCGCGGUGAAGGCCAAGUAGAAGAGUUUCGGUUGAGGACUGACAUGAUGGACUCGGACGUCUAUGGAAUCACACAACAAGAAAACUCUGCACCGGAGAUCAAUCGGCAUGAGCCAGAUGAUCUUUUCAUGGUUCUUGGACGGGAACAAGAUGUUACACCUACAUUGUUACCAUGGACUCCUGAGAUUGAUUACGAGACCAACAACACUUUGGUUCAAGAGACGAGCAAGCUUGAUUUGGAAACCGCUGCAAAGGAACAAACCACAGAUGGUAAAGAAAAGAAAAGCCGUGGCGGCAUUUCCAGGGGGAAGGAUGCAAAGUCGAGAGUAUCAAGUAGACCUGACCCAGCGUCAAAAGCCAAGAGAGCUCCUUGGGGAAGUAGAGCUGCUGCCACCAAAACCAAAUCCGAAAUGGAGGAAGAGAGGAAGAAGAGAAUGGAAGAGCUUUUGAUUCAGAGGCAAAAGAGAAUCGCUGAGAAGAGUUCUGGUGGUAGUGUAACAAGUUCCUUGACGUCCAAGAAAACUCCUACUGCAACCAAAACCGUGAAGAGCUCGGUCAAGAACGAGAAGACUACAGAAGCUGCGCAGUCAAAGGCUAAGCCAGUGAUGAGAAGCUCCACUAUUGAGCGCCUUGCUGCUGCCCGGACCGCACCAAAGGAGCCACAACAAAAACCGGUUAUCAAAAGAACAUCAAAGCCUUUAGGAAACAAGACAGAGAAACCACAGGACAAGAAAUCGAGUAAAAUAGGUCAAUCCGAUGCAAAAAGCCUGGAACUUUCUCGUGACCCGAGUUUCGAAAUCAAGGAAACAGUGGGAGAUUCACAGUCUUACUUGCCGGAGAAGCAAGUUGAUGAACCUCGUGCUGCUGCUGCUUCUUCUGCUGAUGAUUUCAAAGACAUUAAAGAGUUGCAUAGCUUGCCAGACAAAGAAACUGCCAGAGGAACUAAUGAAAUCACCGCCGAUCAUCAGAAAGUACAAGAGCAGAUGGAAAUCCAUGACCACGAAAUCGUGAAGAAGACAUCUAUCUGUGAAGAUAAGCAAAUCACUGCGAAAAGUCGUUCGGAGGAUGUCGUAGAAGUGGAUGCUUCACAGGCGAAACCGGCGUCUCCAAAGAAGUCUGUGACUUUUUCAGAGACAAACAUGGAGGAGAAGUAUUAUUUCUCACCAGCUGUCUCGGAGAUUGACGUCUCGACGCCGCCGGCGAAUGAAACAGAUCAUUCGAGGAAGAAAUGGAACAGUGAAGAGACAUCUCCAAAGGCUACGGCUAAAGUGUUCAGGAAGCUUCUAAUGUUCGGAAGGAAAAACAAGAGUUAG